ACCCUGAGACUGAUGGCUGUUAUUUUUGCCGCCAAUGUCAACGCUGCACCUUCAAAAUGUGUCUUGCCAGCGGUAUGGCGAGGGGCUUGGUUCCACUCGGGAAUGGCCACCGUCAACAUAGACGAAACUACAGUCUCUUCCAAGGGCACCUGCCUAGAAAACGACCGGGACCGAUACCUCUUCCAUGACAAAUUCCAUCAGUGCUUCAGGUGUCUAGUCAUACACGAGAAACAUAUGAAUGUCUUACAGUAUAAGGAAACUUUCUGCGACGGUACGAGGUCGCUGGAGUACGUCUGUUCUCUCCUGACGGGAGACGCCCAGCUGCACUCCAUGUUCCGCCUGGGGGCCGCUCCAGUCCCUUGUCCUUUCCCUCACACGUACACCUUCACCUACAACCGGGGCCAGGCAGAGUGCACUUAUCCUCUGAGUACCGUGGACUCUUGCACCGAGGAUUGGAGAAUGCUCUUCAGGUACCAGGCGUGUCCUGACAUCCAGGGAACCGAGAGUACCAUUGAGGAGUUCAUGUGCCUAGCCGCUUGGAAAGAAGGCAGUAACAGGUAUCUUGUUGGGAAAACUGACCACCAACGGGCCACUUCUGAUGAGGACAGGUACCGGUGCUUCGUGUACGAUUCCUGGAACAACCGAAGUCAUUCCGGAUUUAUGGUGGCGCAGAGUGGCGAUGCAACUUGCAAUGGCCUCUUUUCAAUCAUAUCUGGUUCCAGGACCCUCAUACUUACCAAAGUGGACACCAGCGGGAGCAAAUGCCGCUUCCCAUCUUGGGUAGGUGGCCCUCAUUGGCACUCCCUGGACGGACACACCACCCUCCACGUGACCAGGAAGAAUUCGACCCUGAGACUAACAGGUCACAUCUCUCACGGACCUGUUACCCACGCCUGCUUAGAACCUUACGCCCACACGAAGAGAUCGGCAACGUAUGUCACGAGGGUCAUUUACAGAUGCACAAGUGGGUAUCAAUGCGUCCGCAUGCUGGCGCGUGAUGACCACGUCUUGGAGAUUCUUAUGGGUAAACCUGUACCAGUACGUACAGCCUGUGACGCUCCAUACUUCGACGUGGCCUCUACCAACUAUACCACUUUCGUCAGUGGGAACGCAGAGAGUCGCCAGUGCCCCGGAAUGGGCCGAUACAAGGUGACCCACAACAGCGAGGGCCGAGGAGGCUCCAGCGACGGAGCCAACGUUGCCGCCUCCACCUCCAAUUCCGGAGGAGGAUCAGGAACCAACGGGAAUGGAGCGGGUUCCGUAGCGCUCGGAGGAGGUGGAGGAGGAAGCAGCAUCAGCAGCAGUAUCAGCAGCAGCAGCAGCAACAGCGGCGGCGUCGUCGGCGGCGGCGGCGGCGGCAGCGGGAGUGCAUCCGGCGGGAGCCAGUUGAGUGGUGAUCAGUCCGAAUGCGAAGGAGCCCCUUACACGGCCCUCAUCGUCGGAUGCUCCGACACAAGUACCCUCGAGAUCCACGACACUUGCUCUCACUCAGAAUACUCAUGCCACGGAUACUGGGAGGAAGCCGGUCGCCAGUAUUUGGUGGUGACGCCCAUUUCGAGAAGCAGUAAAGGCGUGAGGCGAUUAUGCCUCGUGUUGGAUCGUGGUGCGGGCAUUCUCUCAUUAGCCUCGUCUGCCCACUCCUGCAGCAGGCACCUCACUCCUGGUUUCCAUGGACACAUCGCUCUAAAUACGACAAGCAUUGGUGGAUGUGGCCAGCUCGCCCCAACCAGUGCCAGCUCUGUCCUGCAGAGAGUAUCGGUGCCACUUAUCUUGGCGGUAUCGCUGAUAUCUCUGGUCCAGUGCGUGGACGCCAGACUGUGGACUUUUUAAGAACCCUAACAAAUAAUAAUUACUUAUCUGAAGAAUUCUGAGAGAUUAUGUGAUUUCUUAAAUGUGUGUGUGUCGGUACAUUACGCCAUAGAGAUGUCAAAGUCAUUCUGAAGCUAUGCAGGAAUCACACUCGGUAACCGUUGAAAUAGCCAGGAAAAAAAAUGUGUUUUUGUGUGUGUUACAUGUAGAUAUUAAGCCCUGAACAAGAAAGAGAAUCAUCAGGUCGAAUGAAAUCACUGACAUGCAAUGUAAAAUGGUGAGUGAAUAGACCUCAUAUUAAUAAUAAUAAUAAUAAUAAUAAUGAUUAAUAAUAAUAAUUAAUAAUAAUAAUGAUAAUAAUGAUGUGUAUUAUUAGAGUGAUAGUGGUGUACUAGUGUUUACUCGUGUGAAACUCUCUCCGUCGGAUAGUGUGGGGAAAAUCCUGUUUUUCCCAUAGCCAUGUUCUUGUCUGCAAACUGCUGUAGAAGUUGAGCUGUGUAAAACUAAAACAAAAUAAUAAUAAUAAUAAUGAUCAUUAUAAUAUACAUGAUAUGUCCCGAUGGUGUGUCGCUGUCAUGAUGUACCAAAGAUAUGCUUAUUAUAAUAAUUAUACAAACCUGUUGUGGGCCUAGUUCGCAAAGGACAAGAACUCUGCCGCAAGUGAAAGGAGGAGGAAGAGCAGGACAAAGGGAAACAGGACACAAGAGCAAGAAAAUCAAGACAGUGAUGAUGGUGACAGAGUCUGUCCCUCGAAGUUCUGAGAGUGAAGAUAAUGGAAAUCCCAAGGAAAAUAAGGAAUGAGAAAGAGUGAACAGCCAAAGGAACACACGAAACGAAGCAUACACUAAUCCCCGAAGAAAGCUGUGUUUUCGUUCCAAGUUUCAAAGAAAAAUGAAGACAGAAAAGUCGAGCGAACAAGACAAGUCUUCUGACACAGCGGCCCCGUUCAUUCACCCUCCAGUGUUCCUGUGCUUGCGAACGAGACCUAAGCUUGGUGUGUCAUUCAGCCCCCCACUUGGUUUCUGCUUGUCAGGUCGGGUUAGGUCAGGUCAGGUCAAACUCUCAAGGGUCCAAUUACUGUAAAAGCUGAGGAACAUGAAAAGACGUUAUUGGGUAUUGCACAUAAUCAUCAUACCGGUUAGGUGUCAAGUGAUCCCGUUGCGUUCCAUUCUGUGAUUGCUUUCGUCGCGUAGUAUUGGUCGUCGGAGUUGAGGCGGAAAGUGGAGACCAGGCGAGGGGUUGUUGGUGAAUGGAAUGGUAGUUCUAGAGAGCUUCAGGUUGUAGUUGAACCAUUUUUGAGUGAAUCCAAAGGGGAAGAAGUGUGUAGGCCCCCUUUUUGUAGGUGAUAUUUGAUGAUAUAUUGCUGAUUGUUAUUUUGUGUAUAUGGAAAAUAAUUAAAUAAACAGAUUAGUUUGAAAUAUGAUUCAUGAUGAAAGUUGAUGUGUUGAUUUGUCGUGUGUUACGUUGACUUUGUAGCACAACUAUGAUUACAUGUGAUUUAUUCUUUUUCGAAAUGAAUCAUGGUUAUUACUGUCAUGAAGGAAAAAGUCAUUCUUGAAGGUGUUCAAAAUGGAGAAAAAUUAUGUCCUGGGAAAUCCUACCCAAAUCACAAGGACGAAGGACGUUCACCCGUAGGGAAGCACAUCAUCAGUGGAGCGAAGGUCCCGUCCCUCCACCCACACCACCCCACCCUACAUGGCCAAAAAAAAAAAGGGAAAAAAAGAUCGAGAUUGAGAGUUCGAAGGAAAGAAAGUUCAUCUAAAGUAAACCAUUUUGUUUGAAUUAAUUUAAUUCAAUUUCAGAUAAAAUUACCUUGUAUUAACUCAGAAGAAGCCGUCCUAUCAUCUAUGACUGAGCAACAUUGCAGGGUGACGCUAAAAUAAAGAACUGAAUGAACAAAUCAAUCAAUAAAACGGAACAGGGUAGUUCUAGGAGUACUUUGCAACCAUGCAAUUGCAGUUAAUAUUAAGCAUCAAAGAAAGAUAUAUAUAUAUUUAAAAUACCCUUCCCUUUGGAACCCCCUUUAGGAAUUGGUAAAGAGUAUUGGUGUGCCGUGGAAAUUGGCUCUGAAUAAAUGAAGGAAAGUACCCAAAUUAGACUUAACACCCAGAUUAGCUAUUUUUGAACUUGAAUACUGAUGAAAGGUUAAGUUACAUUUUAUAUAUA